AUGUAUUACUGCAAGGAUUCCCGAGUGUACCACUCCUCCCAAAGAGUCUGUGGGAGGUGCUCUGAAGUUGCAGUCAUCACGGUGGAAUCCGGUUGCCUAGUGGUAACUCUCAAUGGUGUCGACUUGUUGGCUCCUCUAGUGCACGUCAUAGAGGGUUGUGUGAGAGAAGUGGUCGAUGACGUUGCUGUUCGGGAUCAUCAGGUUGUCGUUGCGGCCAAUGGUGUAGUCACGAUCGUCGAUUUCGAUACCUUCAUAGUAUUCCAUGAUGUUCCCUUCGUACGCCACAUCUCCCUUAUCCACCCCAUAGCUAGCCUUGCAUGGUUCCCUGGUCAUAUGAGUGCCAUUCUAUCGACCUCUCGUCCAGGGCACAUAGCAGUAAUCGACGCCAUCUCCUGUGAGUUAUACACUUUGGACUUGGACUUUCAACGUGGGGCUCGAAUAUAUCCCUAUCGAAUGGGCAUCUGUAUUGAACACGGCAGCCAAGUAGAGACUUGGGAAGUCCCGAUAUCGCUGUGCGAUGUGUUCACUACCCUCAAAACUGGAACGCUGGAGGAGGAUAUAUUGCCUCGCAGUGUCAUCAGAGCCUUCCGCUUGUCCCCAAGUCGGGCCUACGCGGCGGUUCGGGAUAAUGGCUUAGCAUUGUCUUAUUUGCAGAGGCUUUGGAGAGUACCUGUCGUGAAGGAUAGGGAGGUGGUGUGUGUCGUAACUCAGCCGUCCAGGAUUGGGAGCAUAUCGGAAGUCCAUAAAGCGGUCUCGGAAGGUGAGUUCCAGGCUUUUGCUAGGAGGAUGCUCGUUUGUCUCCUCGGCAAUCUUCCGGCUCUCAAUGACUCUGCAUGUGACUUCACAGAGGCCUGUCCACGACGGAUUAGGAAUGCUUAUUUACUACGUCCUAAGGUAGCGGACGCCGACAAAGUGGGACCUCGAUGGGAGGACCUCAAGGGCCUGGACAGGGCGAUAUUGUCGACUGUUGAGGAAUUGCUUGGGAAGUUGAAUGAAGUUAACGAAGAGUUGUGGGAGCCUCUAUGGGCUCUACGUAUUUAUUGCUGUCUGAGGUUCCGUAAAGACCUCUCUUACCUUGGCCGUGUUCUGGGUGUCCAUCCUCGCCUAUUAUUUGGUGGUAUUAGGAAGGAACAAUCAUUCCUUGUACGCAUAUUGGAGGAUAUACCCCCGGAGAGUAGUGGUUUGGGACGGUCCUUGGGUCCUUAUCUUGAGCACUACCAUUGGAUCCCCUCCCUACGACAACGAGGGGAAGCAGCCAUAGCCCGCCAUAGAAUACGUCUCCAUCCUGCCGGUGUCUUGAUGAGCCGGUGUGAGUUGAGGUCGGCUUGA